AUGAUCGACAAUUACAGCAGGAUGGAAUGGGUGGAGAUCAUCGAGCCGCGCACCAAGGAACAUAUGUAUGCGAACCUGACCACGGGAGAAUGCGUAUGGGAUCCUCCACCGGGUGUACCUGUGAAAAAGACGGACAACAAUCAGUGGUGGGAACUAUUCGAUCAGAAUACCUCGCGAUUUUAUUAUUACAACGCGACAUCCCAGAAAACUGUAUGGCACCGCCCGACGGACUGUGACAUCAUACCGUUGGCGAAACUCCAGACGUUAAAACAAAACACGGAACCUGCGAGUGGUAGCGCAUCUGAUACUCAAAAGAUAACCGAGCCGAGGAAGAAGGAAUCUGUUUCGACACAGACGCAAACUCCUUCAGUGAGUCGAUCGACGCGAUUUAAUCAUCAGGAGAACGCGAAUUUGGCUCCGACAUUGCAAGCUCUUUCUCUCGGUAGCGCGAACAAAACGCGGACUUCUACGGUCGGCGUCGACCUUCAAACUUCUCCUCCUUCACCGUCUCCGUCCGCGAGGCGACAUCAUCAUCAUCAUCAUCAUCACAAUAAUAGGCAUCAUAGGCACCAUGACGUGCCUACGACGCGCACCAGACAACACAAUCACUCACAGGAUUCUGGUAGAUCCAGCGACAGUUCUGUCUCACAUAGUAGGACUUCCUUGGAGUCAACCGGUUAUCGUUUAUUGGAUUCGCCGCACAGGCAUCAUCAUCGUUCGGCCGCGCAAACGCCGGUGAACACCGCACAAUCCUCCCCCAGGCAGCACAGUAGUGGCACCUUGGAAGCCAGGUGUCACAAAAGCGGAACUCUCGAAAGCGUGAAGAAUCAGAAAUCUGUAUCGCUGGGAGAGCCGCCACCGUUAGGUCUUUCCCUUUCGACUAGCACACCCUUGUUUAAGAAGAAGACUUUCACUGAUCCACAACGUGAAGGUAGGGUUGGAAAUUUGGACCUGGACAAAAGUAAAAAUGGUAGAGAAAGUAGUAGGGGCUCAUAUGGUCCCGAGCCGAGUACGUCACCAUAUCGCGAAUCUUUGAUGGAAUCCCGAGUCUUCAGGCAGGAAAUGCCACCGUAUCGCCCGCCUGAAGUUCAACUUAGCCAUAGCUAUAAAUCGCAGGGUGAGAAGUAUGGUUCCUUAAUGGAGAGUGGCAAUCGUUACCAUAGGGAUAGAGAGCGGGAGAUGCAACAACAGCAUCAUCGGGAACGAGUUAAUAGUCUCGACAAGACGAACCCGCCAGCUUUUUAUCCAAGUUCUAUGCAUUCAAGAAAUAUGAAUAAGCAACCGCAGGAUGGUACGGGUAGUAUUGGCAGGAGACAUCACGGAUGCUCUGCGUCACUUUCGGAAGCGAAUGUCAGGGACGUGUACGGUGCAAUGUUGUCCGAAAGAAAUGAUCCCACCAAAAGUCUUGGUAGAGCUGCUGGCAUACACGGCGGUAAUUCGUCAAAGCAGAGAGGAGGUCUCGAAGUAGUGGAGCGGGAGAGAGAGCGGGAGCGCGAUCGGGAGAAGGAGUACAGGCGAAACGCAGCAUGCAAUAACUCACUGGAUUGUGUGCCGCAGCCGUUGGGUCGCAGUUAUAGUUUUGUGCAACAGCAGAAACAGCAGCAGAAAAUGCAGCAGCAGUUACAUCAGCAGCAGCAACAACAGCAGCAGGCUAGACGGAGAGAGCGGGAUGACGAUGCCAUGCACGAGCGUUACUUGAUGAUAAGCCAGAGUCACGAACAGUCUAGACAAAGACUCAGUAGUAACACUAGCAGUAGUAAUAGCAGUAACAGUAGCAGCAAUAGUGCUGCAGGUGAGGAAACCGAGGGUCACGCCGAAGGAGAUGAUAGCAAAAAGAAGAGGAGUAAUGGAAAUCCUAGUCCUCCACCGUCGCCAUUUUACGGCAAUCUUUUGGCUGAUGAUCAUUUGUUACCGCUGCAACAUUAUAUUCUUCAACAAGCGAAAUUAUCAGGUUGUUACAAGUUCGGAGAUCCUUUAUUAGUAGAAGAAGGAGAAGAUUCUUUAGAUGAGGAAGGUGGCAGAGGUGAAGGUAUCGGCGGGAGAGGUGAUGAUGAUUCGGAUGACCAGUUCGCCGACGACGAAGCGGCUAGCAAUCAAGGCGAUUCUUCCAGUCAAGAAUAUCUCGAGGAUCAUUAUGCUGAUUUAGGUAACUACGACACUGCAGGCUUAGCGACUUAUUACACUACAGCCGACACCCUGACAAGGCCACAAGCGCGACCGCCCUCACCGCCAAAUAUUGUGUCCCAAACGGAAACGAGGGACAGCGUGGUGACCACGAAACAAAUUUCUAUACCCACUGUAAGUUCGACUCCGAGUAUUGGUACAACGAACGUCGACAACACUGAUCUGGAUGAAGCCCGGAGAGAUGACAGCACAGGUGGUGGCGACAUCGAAAAAUACGCACAAGACAAUCUCAAUCUGAACUGUGGCAGACCGAAAGGAUUGAGGUUGUUGUUUCGAAAGAAAUUCAGCGUGCGGGAUAUCCUCAGCUGGUCGAAAGAUCCGAUACCGCAGCCAAUGCUCGCAAUGGUGGACGGCGAGAAAUUACUCAAGAGAGAGGCUUGCAAUCUAUUCCGGUUGGUUCAGGUAUACAUGGGAGAUCGCAAAGCCAAUGUUGGCAUGACGUUGGAUGGUGUCGCCAUGGAUAUUGUGAAUACCGCGUUUACGAAACCGCCUCUGCGGGACGAGUUGUACGUUCAGAUUUGCCGGCAGACAACGGAGAAUCCGCGGAAGGAGAGCUUACGACGCGGAUGGGAAUUGAUGGCUGUGUGUUUAGCUUUUGUGCCGCCUAGCGCUACGUUCGAACCCUAUCUAGAGGGUUAUAUGAACAGGCAUCGUGAUCCUAACUUCCAGUUUCCCGAGGUCGCCAAGUGGCCAAUACAUGUGCAAGUUAGCCAUUACGCGACCGUCGCCUGCAGACGAUUGCAGCGAAUCGGAGCGCAUGGCAAACGACAACCUCGCAAGGCUACGGUGGAAGAUAUCGACCAAGCGAGGAUACAAAUCUUCCGUGCGUCUAUGUUCGGCGCGACGCUCUCGGAAGUUAUGGCUUUACAAAGGGACCGUUUCCCACUUAGAGAGUUACCAUGGAUACAGACUACACUGACGCGUCAGGUACUCGUGCGUGGUGGUACGCUGACCGAGGGUAUCUUCCGGGUAUCUGCGGAUGCCGACGAGGUCAGCGCGUUGAAGUCCUGCCUGGAUAGGUUCGAAGAUGGAGCGAUUCUGGCAGCUUCUCAGGACGCUCAUGCGCCGGCCUCCCUGUUGAAGUUAUGGGUACGCGAAUUGUAUGAACCGUUAAUACCGGAUUCCUUCUACGUAGAAUGCGUGUCUAUGCGACACGAUGAUCCGGAAGCUUCCGCGGCAAAUGUGGCCGCGCUCGUCGAACGUUUACCGGAUCUUAAUCGUCGUGUGCUGUGUCAUCUAAUACGCUUCCUACAGAUAUUCGCUAGACCCGAGGUGGUCGCCCGUACUAAAAUGGACGCCAAUAAUCUUGCGAUGGUGAUGGCGCCGAAUGUAUUGCGGUGUACGUCCCAAGAUCCUCGGAUAAUUUUAGAAAAUGCACGGAAGGAGAUGGCCUUCGUCCGUACUCUCAUCGAGUCAUUAGACACCGCUUGGGUCGAUGAUCUUCACUGACCGUAUCCUAUCGCGCUAGAAAAAAGUCCGCUCUAGACUAUUAUGCCAAAUGAAUCAGCUGUAUAGUCACGUCUAUUGUUAGUUAUCUCUUUCUCUCUAUCUUUCUCUCUCUUUCACUAUUCUCAAUUUAUCUUCACACUCUUGUUUGUCCAUCGUCACCAAUUUUCCCCGAUAGUCCCCUAUAUAAAUGUUCUUCGUAACGAUAAUUUAGUGCUAAAGUCUUACCAAGCUAAUCGAUCAACCCGCUCCCUUAUUUCCUAUUUAUUAUUUAUAUACAGAUUCUAUGUUAUAUGACAGAUUUUAGAGAUUAUUAGAUUAUAUUAUGUAUAUCGCUAUAUUAUAUCAUAUUAUAUAUUUUACCAAUCCCUUGUUACCGCGUCGAACAAACGUGGACGGCUUUUUUACUCAAUCAUUGUUGAAUCUCGUGUAAGAUAAAAAAAAGAAGAAUCAUGUGUUACCGUGUAUAGCUGCGCUCCACGAUAAUCUUUUUGUAUAAGCGACGGAUUAACGUGUAAAGCGUUUUAUCGAGGAGUAAACACUGCGAAAGAUUAGCAAGCUGUA